CGUCGCAUUUAAACUUUAUGUUUGAGCCAUUUACUUUAGGAGUUGGUUCUGCAGCAUUAGUUGGUGCUGGAGCCGGUUCCGCUUUCACUGGUAUAAUAUGGUAUUUUAGUUCCAAAAGACGUGUCAAAUUACCAGAGAGCACAAAGCGUUUGACUUUUUCCGAAAUUGUAUCGCGCAGUAACCCGCUACGGGAGUCCUCUCUACAACACGAUGACUCAGCCCAAGUUGAGACAACACAGUUGAUAGAAUCUCGCCUGAAAAAUCGCACAACGAAAGAAAGGAGAGGAAGUUCUUUUUCUAGAGAAACGAGGAAGUCAAUUCCUCAAGUAUAUGAAGCCAUUCUUUCGUUUACUUUGUUUCAUAAGGGUCUUUACUUUCAAUUAGUCCAUUUGUGGGAAAAGGUUGGAAAAUUAUAUGUACAGAUUACUGAUAGUAAAGAGGAACAAGGAGGCAUCGUUACGACAAGCACCAUUGCUGACUUGUUGGAAAAAAUACAACUGUGCGUCGACUUGCUAACCUUGUUACUGGAGGCUGAAAGAACCGAAAUUUUUCCAGUUGUUGCGAAAUUGGAAUUCCGUAAAAGACCUUGCUGGAGAAAGGUCUGCAGGAAACCGCUGGUGGAGCUCUCAGCAACACUGCUAGACGAAGUGGAAACGUCUACGGAAAGUGUUUACGCAGCAGUGGCCGACUUACGAAAUACUGUCAGUGUUGCAAAGCAGGUAAUUUAUUCCUUCAAUAAUGACGAAAAUCCUUGUAGGAGUGUCACUGGCUCACAGGAGAACGAAACUUUUGUUGCUAUCGAAAACUUAGUUUGUCAACAUACUCUAAUGUUACGACUGCUGGAUCUCAGACUCUUGGUUUUGACUUCCAAAACAACGGAACAAUUUCUAAGUACUGAGGGUACUUACUAUCGCUUUUUGGGGAAAUACUGCAAUCAGGAAUUUUUAGCGUUAUUAGAAGGUCGAGUAUUAUCUCAACUGAGUCGAUUUCCUCGAGGACCCGGUAGAUUGUUAUCUUGGGCAUUGACCACAGCGAAUUCUAAUGAAAGAAUUGCAUAUUUGAAUUCUCAACAUGCUCGUCUUGAACAAGGCGAAUUCUUGGCUUUAAUAGACUUACUUGCUGCAGAACUUCCCAAAGCUGUAUGGGACCAGGUUGAUAUAGCCUUGCAAGAGGCAAAUAUUUGGUCUAUCAAUUCUUAGGCAGACUUAAGUGAGUCAGUGU